AAAUUAGACAUAAUGUCAGUUGAAAUAGAUAUUAGUAAUGGAUUCUCUGCAAAUAUUAUUGAUGAAUUUAAAGAAGCCUUCACAUUUUUCGACAAAAAUCUAACUGGAACAAUAACUACUGAUAAAAUAGGUGAAGUCAUGCGAGCCUUGGGCCAGAAUCCCACCGAAAAAGAAUUGAAGGAUAUCAUACAGGAAGUAGAUGGAAAUAAUAAAGGUACCAUAAGUUUUGACGUAUUCAUAGAUAUGAUGAAAUGUAAAUUAUUCACCAAAGAUAUGGCGGAAGAAUUGCGUGAAUCGUUUCGUUUUUUCGACGAAAACAAUACAGGUCUUUUGGAUAUACAUCUUUUACAUACUGUGUUAACUACAGAAGGAGAUACAAUAGAAGAUUAUCAAUUCGAAGAUUUCCUGAAAGAUAAUGAAAUUACAGAUAACGAUGAAAUUAACUAUGAAAAUUUUGUUACCUUCAUUUUUUCCAAAUAAAAUAAAAUGUAUAACAAUUAAUCACAUAAA